AUGGGUGAAGCUGGCCCAACCAAAAUACGAAGUAUAAUGCUUGUGAGGCCCAAGUAAGACGACCGUAUGGUCCAGAAAAUUCGGACUUCCAGUUUGGACGGAAAUGGCAGCUCUGAGAGCCGCGGCGGGGAUGCUUUUUGGAGGCAUAUUCCGGCCAACCAUAUUCUUACUCGGGACACGUUUUUCCCACGCGCCGCCGCGACUGAGGACCUGUGGUUCGAGCGCCUUCCCGGUGUUGCGCACAAUCAGUCACUUUCCCGUCUUGUGCAGAGCAUCCGAGGGCAUCGAUGGCGACGGCAAGAAAUCGCCGGCGAGGAUGGCUCAGGUACAGCAGCUUAUGCAUGAAGCCACCGAGCGAGCUCAGGCCGCUGGAAAUGAUCCUAUUCCUAAAAUCACAAUCGAUCAUGUUACUGUAAAUUUUGCAAGAAGUGGCGGCCCUGGAGGUCAAAAUGUCAACAAAGUUAAUACAAAGGUGGAUAUGCGAUUCAAUGUUCAAAAUGCACGGUGGUUGAGUGAUAGAGUGAGGGAUAAGAUUAUGCAAACGGAAAAGAACAGGAUCAAUAAAGAUGGUGAGCUUGUGAUUUCUUCAACCAAGACCAGAACACAGAAGGGAAACAUAGAAGAUGCCUUGAGUAAGUUACAGGCCAUCAUUGAUGCUGCUUCCUAUGUCCCACCACCUCCAUCUCAAGAACAAGUUAAAAGAAUUGCCAAGUUAGCUGCAGCUGGGGAGCGCAAGCGUCUUGACAACAAGAAGGCGCUUUCACAGAAAAAGUCUAUGAGAAGAAGCCGCGACGGUUGGGAUUGAUUUUAGAGGAGUUGCAUUAUAUAUACUAUUGUUCAUAGCAUUGAAUCUCUGCAGUUAUAUCAGGCAACUGCUACUUAUCUGCAGAUCAAUCUCAAGGAGAAUGUGACAGUUUUGGUUUCCAUAGUUUUGGUAAUUUUCCAUAGAUUUUUUUUACAUAGUAAGUAUUGAACAUGUUGUUUUAUUUGUAGUAAAGAAUGGGUUAAAUC